UGGCACUAGCCUUUUAGUUUUCUUAAUGGUAUAUAGUAUUAGCACUAUAGCACUGAUAACAUUUUGCCAAGUUUUGGCCUUAAUGUUCGGCUAACCAACCAACCGCUAAUGAAUUCUGUAUUACUAUUGACAUGCAUAUAUUGUGCGCACCUUUAGGGAAUAUUAUGCGGUAUUAAAAAGUAAAACACGUAGUCAAAAUAUUGAGCUCCGUAGGCGUAGUCUUAUAAAGAUUGUACUCAUUGUAGUAUAAGUCCUUAGUUUCAAAAGGCUUUGAUAAAACAAAGAAAUAUUCCUUUGACGUGGGUUGACAAAGUCGUUUCUUUAUCAGUAAUCCUCUUGCAUAAAUGAAUAAAUUUAGAUGAGCGAAAGAAGCGGAACUCAUAACAAUAUCCAGCCAUUAUUAUACAAAAGACGUUUAUAUAGGCGCUUCAGCUUACGGUAAAUAUGGAGUAAAACGUAGAAAAGAUUACAUGUGUUUUUAUAUGGCUUCUCUAAUACUAGGAUUGUUAGUAUUAUGUGUGUGUGGCCCAUUACUCUCGGGUAUUUGUGCUGAUCCCGUUCAAAGGGAAGAAGAUAAUAGUGAUGAAAGAAGCUUUAAACGCGAGUUAGAAUUAUUUGACAACGAGAUGGAAGACGACUGGGAACAUGAUGAUAAUGAAUACCUUUCAAAACACGAAUUAGAAGAAGAAUAUGAAAGGGAUAAGAAGAAUACAAGGUGUCUUCAGAUAUCUAAUGAAAAUAAGCGAUGGUUCGACGUGGAUACACCUGGAAAUGAUGCAUCAAAAGAAGAACAAUCCCCCGCUUAUGACGAUGAAUUGCCUGAAAAUGGGCAAUUAUUUGAGGAGGACAUUGUUAUGGACGAUUAUGUUCGUGAUGUACUGAAUGGUUUAGCUGGUAAACGUGAUGCUGUAAGCUUACAAAGUUAUCGUUGGCCAGAAAGAACAAUUUACUAUGAAUUCGGUCCAAAUAUUGAUUACGCAUCAAAAUUGGUGAUAAGACGUGCAAUCGAGGAGUAUCACAAGUACACGUGUAUACGAUUCGUUGAAAAAAAACCUGGUGAUGGGGCCAAGGAUUAUGUACAAUUUAUAUCUAAUGGAUCUGCCUGUUAUUCAAACGUUGGUCGGCGUGGUGGUAUGCAGGUUGUUUCUAUUGGCUUCGGAUGUUUACGAUUAGGAACUCCAAUACACGAAAUCAUGCAUGUACUUGGAUUCUUCCACGAGAUGGCUCGACCUGAUAGAGACGAAACUAUAAAAAUUCACUGGGAAAACAUUAAAGCUAAAUUCAAGCAUAAUUUCAGAAUAAUAGCGAAGUACUUGGAUAAACAACUCAUCUGUUUCAACAUUAUGUCUGUUAUGCAGUAUAGUAAUGGAGCGUUCUCAAAGAAUGGUCUGGAUACUAUAACUUCAAGGGUUGAUCCCAAUAAGAAAUUUGGUCAGCGAUGUGGUUUCAGUGUGGGAGACAUCAAGGAAAUAAACAUCCUGUACAAUUGCCCUGAGUACAACAAAAAACUCGGAGACAAAAAAAAUUCAGAGACGUUGUGUUAGUUACCAGGCAAAACGAUGAAUAUAUUAUGAGCAAAGUCAUGAAUAAAUUAUAAUUUCA